AGAAUAAAACUGAAGGGGAGGUCUGAAAGCGACCGUGCGUCAUUCUGGAAGAGGGUUGCAAAGAAGUCAAAGUAAUUUUCAGUAGGCGUCCCCUUUCAUGUGCCUCCGGAGGCCCCCGGGCCCGGGGGUUGGACUGGGGGGGUGGUGAUGGUGAAAGUCAUGGUGGGGGAGGGACGUAAAGGAUGGAAGGGGACAGCUGGGGAGGGGAGGAGUAUUAGCGAAGGAAUUAAGUUUUAAGAAAGCACUUGUCUUAGCCGGAGAGAGUGCAGCUGGAGGUUGUUUUCUAGUCAGAGGUUGGGGUCCGUUCCGUGGGAUUUAACCCCUUACCAACAGCUGGCUCCUCGCCCCUCUCCCCAAAUUUUUGAAGACGGGAGAUCCGUAGUUUCGGUCCCUGAAUCUUCUCCGUUGAUUUGGUUUCGGGGGGGGGGGAUGAAGCGGAGGAGGGGGGAAUUGGGGGAAACAGAAGGACCCCGCCCCCCGUCCCCCUUUUUUUUUGCCCUGAGAAAAAAAGAGGAGUCCUCAAAUACCCUACGUUUCCUUGGCCAAAUCAAAAUCGAGCUCUUGGGGGAAGAGGAUUAAUGGAGGUGUGUGUGGGGGUGGGAUGGGGGUGGGAUGAGAGAAGAGCUUAGAAUAGGGGUGGGGGUGGAGGACGUUCCCCUUUUUCCUGCCCGGAGUUGAAGGUUCAGACAAACUUGCGCAGGCUGGACCGUGGGGGGAAGGAGUGGGAGGGGUGCCGAGGUGGGCCCCCGGCUCUGCCCAUGUCAGCUUUUCUUCGCGAAGGCUUGGAUUAGAAUCGGGUCCUGCCUCCCCUCCCACCCGCACCCCAGCCCCCCGCCGGCACACUUGCUCCUCCUGUGAUGAGCGCGCUGGGCAUCUGCGAGACGGAAAACGUGAACAGGCUUAAAGUAUGGCAUGUUGCAAAGAUGGUUUCUACCAAGAAGGAGCCAGGAACUACGAUGUCCUCCGGGGUCAGUUUUACCCUCUUGCACUUCCUGUGCCUGGCGGCUUGUUUAAACGAACCCCCAGGAGAUAUCAAAAAGGAGGAGAAAUUGCGUCCAGAGAAUUUCACCCGCAUCCUGGACAGUUUGCUCGAUGGUUAUGACAACAGACUGCGUCCUGGAUUUGGGGGUCCUGUUACAGAAGUGAAAACUGACAUAUAUGUCACCAGCUUUGGGCCUGUUUCUGAUGUGGAAAUGGAAUACACAAUGGAUGUCUUCUUCCGGCAAACAUGGAUUGACAAAAGAUUAAAGUAUGAUGGCCCCAUUGAAAUUUUAAGACUGAACAAUAUGAUGGUAACUAAAGUAUGGACACCUGAUACUUUCUUCAGGAAUGGGAAAAAAUCUGUCUCCCAUAACAUGACAGCCCCAAACAAGCUCUUUAGAAUUAUGAGAAAUGGCACCAUUUUAUAUACAAUGAGGCUUACCAUAAGUGCAGAGUGCCCCAUGAGAUUAGUGGAUUUCCCCAUGGAUGGUCAUGCAUGUCCCUUGAAAUUUGGGAGUUAUGCUUAUCCAAAGAGCGAGAUGAUCUAUACCUGGACAAAAGGUCCUGAGAAGUCUGUGGAAGUUCCCAAGGAGUCUUCCAGCUUAGUUCAAUAUGACCUUGUUGGGCAGACAGUGUCCAGUGAAACCAUCAAAUCUAUUACAGGUGAAUACAUUGUUAUGACAGUUUACUUCCAUCUCAGAAGGAAAAUGGGUUAUUUCAUGAUUCAGACUUAUAUUCCGUGCAUCAUGACUGUGAUUCUUUCUCAAGUUUCCUUCUGGAUAAAUAAAGAAUCUGUUCCAGCUAGAACUGUGUUUGGAAUAACUACUGUUCUGACAAUGACAACUCUGAGCAUCAGUGCCAGGCAUUCCUUGCCCAAAGUGUCCUAUGCUACUGCCAUGGAUUGGUUCAUAGCUGUGUGCUUUGCUUUUGUGUUCUCUGCCCUCAUUGAGUUUGCUGCGGUUAACUAUUUUACGAAUGUCCAAAUGGAAAAAGCCAAAAAGAAGCCAUCAAAACCCCAGCAAGAACUUUCUGCCCCUUCGGUUCAGAGAGAAAAGUGUUCCGAUGAACCACUUCAGAAUACAGAUGCCAAUUCAAAUGUGAGAAAAAGAACCAAUGUACCAGCUCCAUCUGAUGCUGAUGUUGGCAACAGAGCGGAGACUGGAAGCGUGUCAACGGGAACUUCUGCAGAAGCUCAGGGGCCUUCUGGCACCACAUCACAAUCCUAUCUGGCUUCCAGUCCCAACCCAUUCAGUCGGGUGAAUGCAGCUGAGACGAUCUCUGCUGCUCGAGCUCCUCCUCCAGCUCCUCCAUCCACUCCCACGUUAACUGGGUAUGUGUCCCAGCUGGUCUCCACCGUCUCUCCAGCUAAGCGUCCCGCAUUUGGAUCAAGACUGAAACAGGUCCAAACCAAGGUCAAUACUUUUGGAUCUUCUGCAAAACCGCCGGCUGUCACACCUUCCCCGGCUCCACCACCUUCAGGCUCUGGCACGAGUAAAAUAGACAAAUACGCCCGUAUUCUCUUCCCUGUCACAUUUGGAGCAUUCAACAUGGUCUAUUGGGUGGUCUACUUAUCUAAGGACCCUAUGAAGAAAUCUGAAAGUCUAAUGUAGUGUUUUUGUUUUCUUUUUUUGCUGCUAUGUAGUAGUUUCCUUAACAAUAAUGCACUUAGUGCAGGGUACCUUUUAAACUUUUUUAAAAAAGCAAAACCAUUCCUUUCUCUUGAAAUGAAAGCUUUGUAUAUGUUCUUUAAUGCUAUACGUGUAAUAUAUUUAUGCAUACAUCAUAUAUAUAUAUGCCAAUUACUGAGAGAAUUAACUCCUCAGUGAAAAGAAAAUGAUUUCUUCCCCUUUCCCAAAUGGCAAUAUAGAAGAAACGUAUGUUAAAUUUAGAAGAAAAUCAAAGCUUAAUUGUUCAAAAGCCCCCUUGGGAAGUUUCGACAAGGGGCACCGGGCUGUCAUUCACUGAAAUCUGAAAAUGGGUAUUGGCGUUUUAGAAAUAUUCAUAGUGUUUCUGGUGGGAUUCCCCUUAACCAGAUGCGUAUAUGUGAAAUCACAUGCAGUGACCUUUCAGAAACUUCUUAGUGCCUGUGAGAAAAGGAUUUCUCCUGUUAGACCAAUGUAGGGAAAAACAUAAACAUAUAUAGUGACUAGCUGAAAAAAAAAUUCCCUGAUGCACCAGUGCACAUGGGGGAAAAACAACACGUUUACUCCUCAUUGGAGCAACCAAGAUGUGAUUGCAUCAGCUAGGAAAUUCUUUGGUGCUCCAGUGAAUCUGUGAUCUCACUGAUGUGGGUAUUCCCUCCACUGAGGUAGAUCUCAGCCCCUUCAUACCUGCCAUGAAUAAAAAUACAGCACAUUUGUCAGGAAAAGUAUUUCUUCUGAAAAGAGCACACCUUUAAACUCAUCCAGGCAAUGAAUGUAUUGCCCUAUCACCAUCUUAUGACAAUUAGUGUGAAGAAUUGCUUUCUGAGCAGAGAAAUACUUGAAUUUAUCAAAUGAAGUGAAUGUCCUAACUACGGCAAGACUUGAGCAUCUGGUUUCCCCAGUGUUGAAUUCUCAGGAAGCGAUCAAGUCUAUCUCUUUUCAAUCAGCGUGGACAAGUGCCAGGAUGGAAAUUCUUUCCACCAGUGUAGAUCUCCAAGUAGGUCUAAUAUAGUUUCAUAGAGAGAAGCAAACAGAGAACGGACUUGACUUUCCUAGGGUCACACAGCUAGGAUAUGUCAGAAACAGAACUUAUAUCCUGAGUUUCCUGAUUCCAAGGGUUCCAUUGACUAUACCACACUGACUCUUUCUAGAAGAUAGACUGAUUUUAGAGUGUGCACUUAUAUAGGUGGUAAGAUGUACAAAUAUAUGAAUAGCUGUUGUAGUUGGAACCUAAAAAUAGCAAAACAUGGAAAGACAGCUCGCCCUGGGUUGCACUGUUGGUAUAAAUUUACCAUAUUCAGCAAUGAUACUGAAUGUCAAAUCUGGACACUCUGGCCCUUGACAAAUCAGACAUGGACUCAGUCAACUAAUUUUUCUUUGCACCCAAGGCCUUAUAAAAGGUGACUGAAUUUUAUGAGGAGUGAGCGAAUAGAAAGAAAUGGCUGAAAUAGGUUCGAGUCACCCGUUUCAUGGUCUUCUCUUGGGUCUAUUUCACUAUGUGGGUUGGCAAAAGGCUGUAUUAUUGGAGAGAUUAGAUAAUUUUGAUGAAGUCUUUGAAUUUAAAAUAAUUUCAAAGGAAUGUGGGUGAAAUAACAAUUCAAAGGCAUGGGCAGGGUUUAAUUUACAUAUUUAGGAAGUUUAAAGACUUUUUAGCAGGGAAAUCUUUUUUUCUUUUCCAGAAGGUAGCCUUGACAAUUUAAUUGAAUGUCUUCUAUACAGUCAUGGGGCUCAGAGCAUCUAUGUCUGCCUUGGUAUGUUUUCACUUCUCUCCUGUUCUCUCCUAAAAAAUCACUCACAGGCAUAGGAGCAGAGUUUUCCUCACAGUAUUUAGGAACGUUCUGCUCAUAGGAUCCUCCACAAAAAUGAGAUGGAUAAUUUCUUGGCAUAAAACUGCUAUUGCAUUGUCAGUCUUAUCACUUGUGCUUCAAGAAGAUCUUGAUAUUGGCCAUUACUGAAAAGGACAUAUAUGGAACUUCUACUUUUUGAUGUUAUCAAAAUGAAUAUAUUCCAGAGCAUUUUUCUACAUCAUAUAUAGCUAUACAAAUAUAUACAUAUGUAUACCUACACAACACAUAUAUUCAACUAGAGAAAUGUGAAUAAUCUACAGGUUUCUCUCUCAGCAUCCGCAAGAACAUAUAAUAAAUACUCAAAUAUUAUCUUCUUGAAUUAUCAUAUUGUUCAUCUUUUUAUAAAGGGACAAAACUCCUGGAUCUGGAGAUUUGAAAACUUGAGUUCAAAUCUAGCUUCAGACACUUACUGGCUGUGUGACUGUGAGCUAGUCACUCAAAUUCUGUUUGCCUCAGCAAAAUAAAUGAACAAAUAUGAGAUAUUUCUGGUGGUGAAAAAAUGCUUAACUUCAUAGUUGCAAAGAGAUAACUUUUGGGGAUUUAAUUAUGAAAAAAAUAAGGAAAGACCCAACAUAAUACAGUGGAAAAAUCGAUGGAGUAAAACAGGGACAAUACCCCUUGAUGUACCUAACAAGCUUUUGAGGCUAUUGUUAAGACAGUGUUUUGCAAACCUUGAAGUGAUAUAAAAAUAGGAGUUAUUAACUUUUUAGUAAAGAAUGGAUUCUCUUUGUUUACUUUCAAGCCCUUCUUCUUAUGAUGUCAUCUCACCAUUUUUCCCUAUCUCUCACUUAUAAUCUUGGGCAGAUUUUAGGUUACCCAAAAAGCCAGAAUUGAUAUAAAUGGAUCCAAUUGAACUCAUAUUGUAUCCUGUACAAAACCAUAAUUCUUGUUUUAACAUAACCAAAUCAAAGAUCAUACAUGGAUUGGAAUAAGACUAUUAAGAUCAUUAAGAAAUCUUUAUGGGACCAUUGUGGAGGGAGGUGAAGAAUUCAAAUUUAACAAACCUAUGAAGAGGUGGCACACUAUAUUGUAUAGGGUGAACUGGGAUUUAAAUUUCUGAGUCUCUGACACAUGUAUCCUGCUUUUGAUAUGUACUAACUACAAAGCUAUGGAAGUCAUUUUAUAUUGUCCCAGAAAAUGCUCUGAGAAUAUAAAUUCCAAAGACCUUGUUUUUCUUAUUGGUGAUAAGCUUUUCCACAAUGGGAAUUUCCUAUACUUAUCCAAUGCAAUUAUGAUUAUAGAUGUCUUCUCUGUCCACCCCCCUCAAAAAUGUACUUAUACGUUGUAUAUACACAAUUGGGAGUUAUUAUUAAUUUUGGAUUAUAAUCAGAAUGACUAGGAGUCAACAGAUAGGAGAUUUAGUUCCAGCUCUGCUACUAAUAUAGCUGACAUUUAUGUAAUUCUUGGAAAUUUAUAAGGUGCUUUGCAUGAUACUAUUUCACUUUACCCUCCUUGCAACCUUAUUAAGUAGACAUUGAAUAUAUUAUUAUAUCUAUUUUUUAUUAAUGAAGGAAUAAAGCAGUUAGAGAGGUGAGGGAAGUUGUAUUCCACAGAGAUGGGCAUGAAGUUCUAAUUCUCCAGAAUCCAUUAGGUGGUAGAGAAGUAGAAUGUUGAAUCCUGUGGACUCAAUUGUCCAAGAUUCCAGAGGUAAGCACUAUUAUUCCAAUUUAUGGUAAUCUGAGGCAAAUAGAAAUUAAAUGAUUUGCUCAGGAUCACACAGGUGUGUCUAAGGCUGGACAUGAACUCAGGUCCUCAAGUGCCCUCAUUUAGCAUUCUAUUCUCUAUGUUACCUACUUAGUCAUCAGGAUGGUACUUUGGGGAGAGUGCUGGAUUUAGAAUCAGUGUGGAGUUCUAAUCUUGACCCAAAUGGUUAAUUUAGGAUUAGUCGAUCAAGUAGUUGAUUUAGUCAUUUACCAAGUCACUUAGGCUUAGUUUCCUAAUCUUUUAAGGGAGGAUGUUAGAGGAAAAGUCAUCUAAAAAGUUGUCUUUGUUUCUAUCGUGUUAUAAUUUGAUACCAUAAAUUUGCCCACUAAUGAAGUAAUGAUUAAACCUCUGCAUUUUAUAGUGUUUAAAGUUAUCAAAAUAUUUCCUACACCAUAUUUCAUUUGAUCCUCUUCAUUUUUCUGUAGGUAUCAAAAUCCUCAUUUUACAAAUGAAUAAAAUAAUAUUCUCGUUAAGACUGUGUAACAUAAGAUAUAUAAAGUAAUGAAAAGUUGAGAUGUUCAUCUUAUUUGAGAAAUAGGGCUGAAAGAGGAUUUACAAAGUCUUUUCCAUUAGUCAAGAGGACGUUGCCAUCAGCAGCUUUCAAAGUUAACAAGGCUCGCCAAAGUUCUGACUGGCUUGUCUUUAUCAUCAUGUGUUCUCCCCCAGUGGCCAAGUGCAUUUUUUGCACUGUAUUACCCGCCCCCCUCCAUGAAAAUAGCAAAAAACACCCAGACUAAGAAUCAUAAAACAGUUUCUAGUUCCAUUUUGCCACUUAAUAGCUUUGUGAUUUUGAGCCAUCACUUCUUUGGCCAUUAGUUUUUUUUUUUUUUUUUUUUCAUCCAUAAAAUGAGAGCUUUCCAUUUUGCUUUUCCAAUUAAGUAGCAACAAAUCUUUUCCCUCUAGCUUUCAUUAACAAGGGGAAGAAUAUCUUCAAAGACUCUUUUUCUAGCCAUCCUCUAGAAGCAGAAAAGCUAUAAAGAGAGAAAAUGAUAGAAAAGAAGAGGGAAAGAACCACAAAGAAAAUAUAGGCAAUAAUUAGAAAGAACUAAUUUCUAUUAGGCUGGAAUGAACUAAGGAGCCAUUAAAAAUCAGGUGGAGUUUAAAUUGAAUAGGCAUGUAAUGAAAAUUUUGCCUUAAAACUCUAGGCAAAGCUUUUUCCAAAAUCUGUUAGUGGGUCAGGGUUCUGAGUGCAUCUGAUGCAGGCACAUACUUGUAGUCAGACACGGUAAUCUAAUGUUAGAGUCAGUCAGACCUUGGGAUCACAUUCUGCUUGUGACAUUUAGGAUCAUAAAAUCAUAAAUUUAGAGCUAAGAGGUAUCUUUGAAAGGGAAACCAAUAAAGAAGUGUUAAGGGAUUUUCCAAAGGUCAAAUGAGAAGUUAGUAAUAAAGAUGGAAUCUGUCAAUAACCCCAAACCCAGCAACAGCGCCUGGCACAGAGCAGGCUCUUAAUAAAUGCCAGUUUACGGACAACUGACUUUCCAUUGUGUCAUAAUGCCCCAUGCUAGCACUUACAUCUUUUUAUGCCUCAGUUUCCCUGCCUGACAGAAUAAGAUCAACUUUCUUACUGUAUUCUUGUUGGGAAUCAGAUGACACAACAUAUAGAAAGUUCUGUUUAUAAAUCUUAAGGUUUUAUAUAAAUCAUAAUUAUUCCUGAAUGUGACAUUUCAGUGAUUAGGGGGGCUACCUUGCUACAUUAAACUAGCUGUAAUUUCAUCAUCAUGGAUAAACCCUCCAUUUUUUCCCUGGUCCUAUGUGACUCUUUUUGUUGUUGCUCAUUCUUAUCUGUCUUUUAAUGAAAAUUCUCCAUAACAGAUCUAUCAAGUGUACUGGAGGUCUUCUCUUAAUUAUUUUAUUUCUUGAGAGUGCUGCUAUAAGAGUUGAUUUAAACAGAUUCUGAUUCUUGGUGAGUGAUCCAUUUCAUUUUCUAGCUAUCUCCUUGAUGAUAUCACUAAACAUUCAACAAUCUUUUAUAAUUGAAAAAAAAAAAAACCUCCCUAUACUUUCUUUAAUUUGAUUAUCACAACAGUCUUCUGGAGGUUGGUGAUAACUGACUUUUCAUUAGCAUUUUAAGGUUUACAAAGCACUUUCCUUACAACAAACCAAUAAAGCAGAAAAUGUAAAGACUAUUUUACUGAUGAGGACACUGAGGUUUGGGGAAGUUAAAUGUCUUACUCCAGGUCACACAGAUAGCAAAGAUGAAAAACCAGAGCAGAGGGUGAAUAUGGUUAGGAAGGAAGGAAGCUCAUUUAUUUUUUUUACCUUAUUCUCCUAGGAUUUACCAUUUCUACAUUCUUCCUCUCUGCCCAAUCUCUGCAGCUUUUUCCUUUCAUUAUUUCCUUAAAAGCACCUUUCCUUCUUUUUCUCUCAUUUGUAGAUUUCUUUUGUCUCCUAUUUAUAUUCUCAUGUCCUUCAAUUUAUUAGCAUUCUAAUGAGGGCAAAUACCUUUAAUUAUAAGGAAAAAAAUUUAAAGCUGAAGUUUCAAUAAUAAUCAGCCAUUCAGGAAACUAGAAUAGAUUGAAAUAUAAUAAUAAGGACAGCUCAGUGAUGAAUACAUAUGCACAUACUUUUCAUGACUCUGUUCAUCACUGAUUAUUCUAGUUACAGCUGAAUGAGGACCCUGAAGUCCUUGAGAGAAAGGCAAAUUGAGAACAAAAAUGUAUACAUUUUUGAUAGAAGUGACAGGUGAAAAGGAAGUUGUAACAUUAGAAUCUGAAUUUCAAAAUGGAGAAAUAAAAUUAUGUAAAAGGAAUCCAUUCAUAAAUUCAAGUUUCCUCCCCUUGAAAUAUAUUCCCUGACUGGAAGGAAUCCAUUAUGUGGUUCUUUUUUUCAAAUUUUUUGCCAUUGCUCAUAACACUGCUGACAUGGUCAUUCUUGAUUAAGGGGAAAGUCAGGAUUAAUAAAUUAUACAAUACAGUCAACUCUGCAUUCAUAAACAGCUUGUAAUUCUCUAGAUUAUACUUAAUGCAGUAUUUCUAAUUUUCAGUGAAGGACAUUUGCUGUCACUUAUUUGCAUCUAAUAGAUGGUAUAAGCAAGAAAGCAUAUUGGAAGGAAGCCCCCAAAGUGUAGAUAAACUUUUUUUGCUUGUAAAAAAAGACACAUAGCAAAUGUUUAGGGAAAAUGUACAUAAACAAAACAUCAUAUUAGCUUGUGAGAUAAUUUAGUGUUACAGCUAGGGGGCUAGAGGUAGAAUCAGAAAGAUCUGGAUUAAAAUGCUGCUUCCAUCAUUUAUUGGGUGAGAGGCUUUGGUCACAUCAUUUAACUUCUCUAUGUCUAUUUCUUCAUCUGUAAAAUGAAUGGAGGGGACUUGGUGCUUUCAAGGUCUUUUCUAACUCUAACUUUAUAGAUAUAAAGAGAUGGAAUGACUAUCUUAAUAUUAUUUUUCUCUUAAGCUUUUUUCUUUUUUUUUUUUUUAAAUAAUUUUUUAUUGACAGAACCCAUAUCUGGGUAAUUUUUUACAUUAUCCCUUGCACUCGCUUCUGUUCCGAUUUUUCCCCUCCCUCCCUCCACCCCCUCCCCCAGAUGACAAGCAUCCUAUACAGGUUAAAUAUGUCACUGUAUAUCCUAGAUACAAUAUAUGUGUGUAGAAGUGAACAGUUCUUUUGUUGCACAGGGAGAAUUGGAUUCAGAAGGUAGAAAUAACCUGGGAAGAAAAACAAAAAUGCAGUUUACAUUCAUUUCCCAGUGUUCUUUCUUUGGGUGUAGCUGCUUCUGUCCAUCCUUGAUCAAUUGAAACUGAGUUAGAUCUUUCUUUCUCGAAGAGAUCCACUUCCAUCAGAAUACAUCCUCAUGCAGUAUUGUUGUUGAGAUAUAUAAUGAUCUCCUGGUCCUGCUCAUUUCACUCAGCAUCAGUUCAUGUAAGUCUCGCCAGUCCUCUCUAUAUUCAUCCUGCUUGUCAUUUCUUAUAGAACAAUAAUAUUCCGUAAGCUUUUUUCUUUUAAAAAUCAUUUUCCUUUGUAUUUUAGCCAUUCUUUACAGAUCAUUUCUUCUCAGUAAAAUCCAUUAGUCAAAAAAUUUACUUUGGCUGUUCUUCCAUAAAUUUUAGGGAUUAAUGGAUCAUAGGUACAUUAUAAUCCAGUAGCCACAAAACCUUAGGUAGCAAUCAAUGAUGGAAGUUCUAGUGUCCAAAUCAGUCUACUUUGCUCCAUUUAGAUCAAUCUGAUGUAUUCUGUUCAGCUUCGGUUACCGUAUUUAAAAGUACCUGGUGAAUCCUGAGAAAACUCACUUAACUUCCUAGGACCUCUAUUUAUUCAUUUGUUUACUGAGAGAAUUGUAGUAAAUAUUUCUCCAAGUUCUUCCCAGCUCAAAAUGGAUAAUGUUGAAAUGGAAAAGGAUGAAAAUAAUGGUUAUGAUGAAAAAAUAAAGGAUAUUAACAAGUUUAAGGUGAGGGGAUGAGAGUAGGUUAAGAAUACUCCAAAUCAAGUUAAAUAAGAAACAUUUGAGCUUAUGAACAAUAAUCAUAAGGAAAACAAACAAACAAAAAAGGUCUGACUGGAUUUACCUGAUCUUACUAGACAGAAUUUGACUAACUGUAAAUCCCUAGAGCAUUGGAGAUUUUAAUGAUUAGAGCUGUCAAAUGGAAGAUCAUAUCCUAUAUGAUUUUGAGUUUCCUAACACUGGAGAUAUUCCAGUAUGAAUUAGAUGACUACGUAUGUCAUUGAAAAUGUUGUAGAGGACAUUUUUAUAUCAUGUUGAGGACUGGAUUUCACAAUGUUCUUUUCAACUGCACAACUCUAUUAUUCUAUGACUUUGAGGUUCUAAACUACCUUUAGAAAUUUAUAUGGGAUUUCUAUUGCCAUGUGCUAGUAUUGAGAUGGAGAAGUACACGGAGCACAGUAGACUAAAUGGAGCACAGGUGGCAAAUAGCAUGACUACAUUUAAAUACACACAUAUACGUGCUAUAUAAAUAUAUAUGUACAUAUAUAUGAGUGUGUGUAUGUAUACACAUAUAUACACACAUACACAUUCAUAAAAUACUUUUUUUUUCAGAAGCAACUGGGGCACAUAUAAAUGCAUAUAUUUGAGUAACAUUGGUUUUUGUACUUUGUUUCAAACUUCUCCAUUUGGGAGUAACGCUCUAUGGCUAUUUUUAUGAGAAUUUGAUGAUCUUGGAAACCUACUUCAGGUGGGUUUCACCAUAGAUAUGAUUCAAAUCCUAGCAUAUGAGUCAUCCAUAGAACUCAUGACAUUUAAUUAUUUGUUUUCAUCUUCAAAAGACUAUUUUAUUGGAGGAAUAAUUCUUUCACUGAUGCAGAUUGUAACCCUUCCAUAAUGUAAUAGCUAGUCUUAAUUGUUUUCAAGUUAACCUAAGGAACAACCCUCUGGUCAUGAAUUCCUGGGAACUUAGAUGGGUCAGUGCUAAGAUGGCAGAAAUAUUCCAGCACUUGAUUUUUACUGAGAGAGUUUUUAAGCACCUGGGAUAAUCACCUCACUACGAGGAAGCAUGAAAAUAGGAUGUGAUUGGUAAACAUCUCAUUGAAGUUCAGUAGGUCCAAUAAAGAAGUUAAAGGCCCCAUUGAUCUAUCUGUAAUAAGGAUAGUUUUUGACAUAUUAUUCAGCGUGAACAUUCCAGGAAUUCAGAAUGCUUACCUUCACCUGCAUGAAAUGCAAAGUGUUUCCUAAUUUGUGGAAUUAAAAUGAACUUCAACACCCCUCAGAUUAAUCUUCCAUUCUUCUUUGUAAAUCACAAACUUGAAAAGCUUUUGUUAUGUUAUUAAUCUUCUCAUCAUCAAAGUCAAAAUGAAUAAUGUAUUUUUGAGGCAGAGAUGCAUUUGGUACAGCCUGUGCUUCAUUGUUUUUGUUCACUUUAGAUGAGAGGUAUGUCCUUUGGGUGUGAUGUUUAAAACAUAAGUACAUUGGUAUCUGGAACUCUAUAGGGAGUUCAGUAUUGCCACAAAAUAAUUAAGCAUUUCUGUACCCUGGCAUGUUGCAUGGAGGAGUGCAUAGUAAAAGGAUUUUAAUUUGAAAAAUAAUAUCCCAGAGAAGUGGUCAUUCAAUCUCCGCUUGCAGGCCUUCAAUGACAGAGAAAUUAGUACUCUAAAAUAGUUCAUUCAAUUUUAGUCAUAUGUAAUUAUUAGAAAAUGUUUCUUUAUGUUCACUUAAAAUCCACUUCUCUACUUUCCACCCAUUAUUCUCACUUCUGCCCUUUGGAGUCAAGUAAAAUAGAUUUAAUCUUUCUUCCACCAGACAUUGAUUUCACUGUUGAAACUCCAUCCUUGUCAUCAUUAAUCUCAGCUUUUAUUUAUAUCCAACUCCCUCCAAGUUCUCUGCAGCCUCAAAUCUUAUGUUUGUCCAGGUUGGCCUAUUAAAAGAAUGAAUGGCCACUGGUAGAUGUGUGUGUCCCAAAUUGGAAGUUAAGAACAUAUGGCCAAUUAGAGCCAAAGGUCCACUAGAUCUGAGGUCUUAUAGAGUGAGAUUUGGGUCACUUAGUAUCAGAAUCAGAUAGCAUCUAUCAAGUUUGUCUUAUAUUUUCUAAUUUGACAACCAAAAUCCAAGGAAAUAAGACUGGGAUGAGCGUAGAGAUUCAAAGUAAAACUGAAUUGCUAUAACUGAAGAUGAAAAUGCCCUUCUGAAAGCUCUGAUAACAAAAAGAGGGUGAAAAGUGGAAAAGAAGCAUAUUUAAUAGCCAAUCUAGAAAUUCAACCAUUAUUUCUUUGAAGAGACGAAGCACACUGUGACCUGUGACAGUAGGGGAGUUUUCUGUUACAUUUAGAAACAUAAAAUAAAACAUCUUAAAUGUAUAUUUAUCUCUGGUGGCUAAAACAGCUAACUUUUCCGUUGGCAUAUGAAGUGAUUAAAAUAUGACCUUUUUCUCUAAAGAACUCAUACCUGAGUAGAAUAGUGACCACAGAAAACUGACUAUAAUUUUCUCCUUUUAGAAAAUAAGCACACAUUUUUAGUAGCACAAUUUUAUAAUGUAUGAGAUGAUGCUUAUUCUUCAUGCUAUUGUAUAUGGAGCAUUAUUUGACUAAAUCUAUUUCACACCAUAUGAAAUUGCUUGAUGAAGUAUAGCUUUAUGCUUUGACCUUAAAAAUCCAUAUUAUUCUUUUCAAUCUUUAAAAAUGUAAAGCCUGUUCCACUCUGUAAUGAACAAAGCAUUGAAGUUUGUUUUUUCAAACCAUCAGCAACCUCAGUGACAUCUCACUGAUUGUAGAGGGCAGAUCUUGGACCACGGGAUGACCAUUACAAAGUAAUAGUUUUUUUAUUUAUCACAAAUUUUUCCCAAAUUAGUCAUCAGAAAGGAAAACUGUAUUAUUAGAAUGAUCAGAAGCCAAGGAGACUGAGUGACCAUAUUUGAAGGCCAUUGGUCAAACUUUUGGGUGAGGAGUGGAUGAAAUGAUCUCUGAGGUCUUUUAAUUCUAAGAUUUUAUGAGUCUGCUUAUUACAGCUGUCUAAUUCUCCUUAAAUAGAAAAUCUACCAGAAACUUCCUCUCCAGUCCCUUCACUGUAGACUCUGACCUAAUAUAGCAAUGAAGAAAACUCUUACAGUUAAAAUAACAUCCUGUUCAUGAAUUCACUCAUAUACAUACAUGCAUACACAUACAGAAGUAUCAAAGAGAAAGAGAAAUAGAUUCAAAAAUCUGGUUAUUUUAGAAACUUAAACUUGUUUAGCUUCAUGCAAUUCAGAGCUAAAAGGAAUGUUUAUUUCAAUCCCUCGUUUUAAAUUUUAGACUCAGAAAGAUAAGUACAUUUGCUCAAAAUAUAUCAAAGGAGAGGAUGUAUUUGAACCCAGUCCCUCUGAUUCCAAAUUCAGAGCUCUCACUACUAUACCACAUUGCCUCUGUUGUUUGAGCACCUUUAUGGGAGAAAUGACAUAUAAUGAAUUUUCCACUGAUUGGAAUGAAGAAAAUGCUUAUGUUAACAGAUUUUGAAGUGGUUUAAUAAGCUGUGAUCUUGUGGGGCUACUUAUUUAACAUUUAAUUUUUCUGUAUCAUGAAUAUCUGCACAUUCUGAAAAGAAACUUGUCUGAUAAGAAAGGCCAUAUCAAAUUGUGACUAUAACCAUCCAUUGUAGUUUACUGAUGUCAAUAAAUUUCUCCACUAACUGUU